GUAUAGAGGGGGCGGUGUGUGAGUCUCUCUCUGUGUCUCUCUCUCUCUCUUUCUCUGGGUCAGGAUGCAGAGGCGUCCACAGACAGAAGAGGAAACAUGUCAUAAGAGGUGAUGACACAGCCAGAGACGUAUUCACAUCCACACUGACUCCCAAGUUCUUCCCGCCGCUCUCUCCUGCCGGCGCCGCGGCAUCACACAGAGAAGAGAGAGCACCAAAGAUAGAUCAGACUGUCAACCUGUCUCCACACUUCUCUCUGUUUUUCACUUGUUUGUGGACGAUGGGAUUUUAAUCAUGGUGAAGCCAGCUAACCGCGUCUACUGGAUUUUGCAAAAGCUGCGCCUGGUCCCACCUAGCCUCCUCUGAGCAGGAUGGAAACUCUGGAGUCAGAGCUGACUUGUCCAAUCUGCCUGGAGCUCUUCGAAGAUCCUCUGCUGCUCCCCUGUGCCCACAGCCUCUGCUUUGGUUGCGCCCACCGCAUCCUCAUCUCCCACUGCGCCACCAACGAAUCCAUUCAAAGCAUCGGUGCCUUCCAGUGCCCCACCUGUAGAUAUGUCAUUUCCCUGAGUCCGGAGCGUGGACUAGAAGGACUGAAGAGGAACAUUACCCUGCAGAACAUUAUUGAUAGAGUUCAGCGUGCCUCAUCUUCAGCAGGGCUCCCGCUACCUCUGCCACUGCCUGCGCCCCUCAGUGGGCCCAACUCUCCAGGCGAGGAAGGCAGCAAUCGGCUGGCAUUGGUCCCUGUCAGUGCAGCCAUGUCCAGCCCAGGCACACCCCCUGAGCCGGUCCAGUGCCAGUUCUGUGAGCAGGACCCGCCGCAGGAUGCCAUUAAGACCUGUGUGACAUGUGAGGUAUCUUAUUGCGAAGAAUGCCUUCGGACAACGCACCCCAACAAAAAGCCAUUUACAGGCCAUCGGCUCAUUGAGCCCAUGCCUGACUCUCACCUUCGUGGGCUCCAGUGCUUGGAGCAUGAGGAGGAGAAGGUUAACAUGUACUGUGUUACAGAUGAUCAGCUGAUCUGCUCCCUCUGUAAACUGGUAGGAAGGCACAGAGACCAUCAGGUGGCAGCACUGAGUGAGCGCUAUGAAAAACUCAAGCAAGCCAUGGACUCUAAUCUGAGUACUUUGAUCAAGAGAAACAAUGAGUUGGAGGCGCUUAUGGGGAAACUGAUCCAAACUUGUCAACAUGUGGAGGUAAACGCAUCCCGCCAAGAGGACAAGCUUAUGGAGGAGUGUGACCUUCUAAUUGACAUUAUUCAGCAGAGGAGGCAGAUCAUUGGCAACAAAAUCAAGGAGGGGAAGGCACAAAGGAUAAGGAAGCUCGCACAGCAGAUCUCUAACUGUAAGCAGUGCAUCGAGAGGUCUUCGGCUCUGAUCACACAGGCCGAUCAGACGCUGAAAGAGACUGAUCACGCUCGCUUUCUGCAGACGGCCAAGAGCAUCAAUGAGAGGAUUUCCAUGGCGUCUGCAUCAACCCAAGUUCUGAUCCCAGAGAUACACCUCACGGAUACUUUUGACACCUUCGCCCUUGACUUCACAAGAGAGAAAAAGUUGUUGGAGAAUCUGGAUUACCUCACUGCACCAAGUGCACCCUGCAUAAGGGAGGAGUUAUGUACAGCAUCAUACGAUACCAUCACUGUCCACUGGACGUCUGAUGAUGAAUUUACAGUUGUGUGCUAUGAGCUCCGGUACGCCAUCUUCACUGGACAAUCAAAUAUUGUCAGUCUGUGCAACUCAUUAGACAGUUGGAUGAUCGUUCCCAACAUCAAGCAGAACCACUACACGGUGCAUGGCCUGCAGAGUGGCACCAAGUAUAUCUUUGUGGUCAAGGCAAUUAAUCAAGCGGGAAGCAGAAGCAGUGAGCCAGGGACUCUGAAGACCAACAGCCAGCCUUUCAAACUGGACCCCAAAUCUGCCCACAAGAAGCUGAAGGUCUCCCACGAUAACCUAACAGUGGAACGGGAUGAAUCCACUUCCAAGAAAGGUCACAGCCAGGAGCGCUUCUCCAGCCAGAGCAGCUAUGGUGUGGUGGGAAACGUCUUCAUUGACAGUGGCCGCCACUACUGGGAGGCUCUGAUUGGAGGGAGCACAUGGUAUGCUGUGGGGAUAGCCUACAAGUCAGCCCCCAAACAUGAGUGGAUUGGCAGAAACUCAGCGUCCUGGGUCCUUUGCCGAUGCAACAACUCCUGGAUGGUUCGCCACAACAGCAAGGAGCUGGCCAUUGAGCCAUCACCCCAUCUGCGACGUAUCGGUGUCCUAUUAGACUAUGAUGCCGGAUACCUGACCUUCUACGAUGCUGUGGGUUCGCAGCACCUCCAUACCUUUCACGUGUCCUUCAUCCACCCUGUGUGCCCUGUGUUCAACGUGUGGAAUAAGUGUCUGACCAUUCUUACUGGUUUACCCAUUCCUGACCAUUUAGAGGGGCUUGAACCCCAUGACUGAAGUCCAGAGAUAUAACUUAUCUAAAUUAGCUUGAAGCUGCGCCAGUAACUAUUAGCAUUAAAAAAAAAAUCUAAUUCAUUGCUUUCUGAUUUGAUUGACUAAACACAAUUCAGACAAAUGGAAAUGCAAUGGCAAAGUCUUAAUUGCCAUGUCUGGACUAUGAGGUCAACUUUUACAGCUUUUGAUGUGUAAAUCAGUGACCCCAAUUUGUAGUUUCCAGCCUUGUUUUUUGAAAAAAGACUACGACACCAUGAUAAAUAGAGUGAAAUUUUGGCAACAUUCUAUUGUACCUGCUUUAACAGCAAAUGUCCACCAGAUAGAUUUCAAGAACGUUGAGUGCAGGCUGCUGUGAGACACAACACCUGUUAACCUGUUGCAUAUACUGUAGUAGCAAAAUAAUGUUGUGCCAAAACCUACAAUUUAGUAGCACUGUUUUAUUCUUUAAAAAUUUAUAAAGUGCACCCCAUUCAAGACAGCUUUGCUCUUGCAAAGUUGCCUGGUGCUGCAUUGUUAUAAAAUAAAUAAAAUAUGAUUUGUUGUAGGUGACUUUGAGUUAUGGAGGAGUUAUAAACAAUAAAAUCCUGUAUGUGGUCAUCUUUGAAUGAUGGAUUUCACUGAGGCAGGACAAAUGGAUGUUGUUGGAUCAUAAAUUUAUGCUGUAAAGGUUAGAUUUGCAUAUGUGUACCACAGUAACUAGGAAACAAGCCACAAAUUGUUCAAAUUUUAUUUUCUUCCAAAACCUAUGUGUCGGAUCAAGCACUUUGAAAAUCCCAGAAAAUAUAAGAGUUCAUAUGCAUUUAUACAAGCAGUUGUUCAUGGAAAAGUAACCAAAGUGGCAUUUCUGUCUGUUCAGACAUCUUUUUUUUUUUUUUUUAUAAAUAUUUUACUUUAACUUAAAUAAAUGCUGAAUUAUUUUAAAGAAAUGGCAGAUGAUAUUGUGUUAAGACUGUAUUAAUGGUACGAGUUCCCUUAAAGUAGACAUGACCCUUGUUUUUGCACAUUGUUCAUACUUAAUGGCUUUGUUGAAAAUGCCCAAAAACCUAUCUUUGGUGCAAUUAACAUGUUUGUGUUGUGUUCCUUUUGAAUUAAUGUGUUAAUUCUCUGUUUUGGCAGUCAAACAACUCCUGCCACAGUGUUUUUGUGUGAUACACGACACGAGCCGUGUUGCAAUUGUAAUCCCAGGUGAUUAAUGGAACUAAGUGCUUACAUACACGUUCAGAUUUUUUUUUUCAUUUUUAUUGUUGUUUUGUGUGCCCGUACACUUCAACUGUUUUCCUGUUUUAUUUUUUUUAAAGCCAUGCCCAACUGAUGCAAUUCCUACAGAUGGCAUGACUUCUUGAACAGUUGUAGCAGCAACUCAAAAGGAGUAAAACAACCCAUACACCACUUAUGAAGAGGCUCCCACUAGCAUUCCUUUUUGUUGUUGUUUGUUUGUUUGCAUAUUUGAAAAGCAUUUACACACUAAUUGUAGGAUAUUAUUCUUCAGGAUGUCUUAUAAGUAGAAGGAUGACCCCGCUAGUCUUGCUAAAUUCUGCUGUGUUGUUAGCCUCUAUCCAUAUAAGUCUACAUCCAGCUAGCAAGCUAACACAAAAUAGCCUCAGAGAUAAGCAGUAGUCGGAGGUUGAAAUUUUACUUCUAAUCUUAGGAUACACAAAUUUACCCCCUCCCCACCUCCCCAAAUUAAUUUCUUUUCACAUGGUUGCUUAAAAAUCCAAUAAUACUACAGUUGUUUGGUAUGUUUCAUCAAUAUAAUACCCACUGACUUUUGCUACUGUUAAUCCGCUACGGUAACUGCAUUUUUUUCCCCCUGCCAAUUUUACUGCUCUUGUGCACAUUCCAUUGCAGGAGGCUCACUUCCAGUGACUUUGACUCCAGCAUGUGUGCACCGCCAACAUUUGGGGGCAAGUGCAUUGAUACUUGUAUUGAAUACCAUAUGUAUGCCCAAUGAGGCUAUGUUAUAGGCAGAACAUUUAGAAAACAGACUUCUGGAAAGCGUCAUCAAACAUACAGUGCAUAACAACUGAAAAUUUUGGCCAGUAUAAAGACUCCCCCGUGCCACCCGCAAAAAAGAAAAAAUAUAACAAAAAACAAAACAAACAAAAAACACAAUUUACAACAUUUAAUUGUUACAGAUUAAUUUACAAACAAUAUUUUAUUUGCAUUUCUGAUUUUUUUUCCAUUAACAGGAACACUUACAUUUGCUACCAUCAACUUAUUCAGGACAAGUAAGAGUUUCUUUAAUUCUGUUUUCUUGGCAAUAAAAUGAACUGAUCUAAA